CCCAUUUUCUUUGGAUUCCAUCACUUUGUCGCUGCUAUUUCUUCUAUCCUCUCCUCUCCUCUCCUCUUUAUUCCUCUCGUCAUGACCCAGAUUCAAGAACAAAUUAAGGUACUAGAAUCAGAAAACAUAGAAUUCUGCAUGAGAUCGAUCAUAGAGAUAUAUAUGAAGCUCACAUAGAUUCAUAAAUAUCUAUCCAUAUAUAUAUAUCUAUAUAUACAUACAUAUAUAGGUCGUCUUUGUUCUUUGAAUUUUUGUGGUUUCCAAUGGCCGGAAUGCUCCCCGGAGUGGAGUGUGCCAGAAGGCGGCGGUUCCACCAGAGCGGAGGGUGGUCGGAGUCUCCGGGCACGGCGGGGCACUUCAGCACGAGGCGGUCGUCAUUUUGCCUCUACGCUAGCAGCCAUGAAUCCCACCUCUCCUCAAGCUCUCUGCAAAGGAGCAGCGCACCCAAACAGGCCUAUCAAGAUGACCACAAGCUGGGAUGUGUGGCUAGAGAAGCCAAGGAGAGGUUAGAUGAGAGGCUGAGAACGCAAAAAAAAUCGGAUGCCAAAAGCCAGGAGAGCUUGAAGUGGAUAGAGUCGAGAACAAUGGUGGCAAGGGCUUUGCAGGUGGAGGUGUUUGGAUCAGUGAACAAGAAGAAGAGCAGCAAGCCAAGGAAGUUGAUGAGCUGGGCAAAGCAGCUGGGCUGGAAAUUAGCCGCAAUAAACCAAUAUUUAGACGAGUGUGCCAUCUGCUUGGAGGCAUUCAAGGCUGGUGAGAGCCUUGUCAACCUCCCUUGCCCCCACAGGUUCCACUCCAGGUGUCUCCUCCCAUGGCUGCAGAGCAAUUCCCACUGCCCUUGUUGCAGAAUGGGGAUCUUGAACUAAUUAAAACGAUCCGCUCCAAAAUUUGCUUCCAUCAAUAAUAUUGUUUCCAUGAAAAUCAUCAUGUAAUUUCCAUGUCGUUGGCAAGUUUCUCUGUGCCUUUGACUAAGCAA